GUGGCUCGCACCAGCCCGACACACACACCGCUCACAUGGGACCCUAUAAAAGGUCUGCAGCUGUCAGGUGGAGGACACUGGCUGCUUUGGGGACGACCCGCUUUAGGGAAUUACAGCUCUAGGUACCCGUUGAUCCAAACUCUAUAGCAAUGUCUCACGCUUGGGGAUACGCAGCGAACAACGGACCCGACAAAUGGGCUGAUAACUUCCCUAUUGCCAAUGGACCCCGCCAGUCUCCCAUUGACAUCGCACCUGACGCCUCAUCCUACGACGCGGCGCUGAAGCCGCUGCGGCUGAAGUACGACCCCUCCACCUGCCUGGAGAUCCUCAACAACGGACAUUCCUUCCAAGUGACCUUCGCCGAUGACACCGACAGCUCAACGCUGAAAGACGGCCCCGUCUCAGGGAUCUACAGGCUCAAGCAGUUUCACUUUCACUGGGGAGCAUCUGACGACAAGGGCUCCGAACACACCGUGAACGGGACCAAGUACCCUGCUGAGCUCCAUCUGGUUCACUGGAACACCAAAUACGCAAGUUUUGGUGAGGCUGCGAGCAAGCCCGAUGGGCUGGCUGUGGUUGGAGUCUUCCUGGAGAUCGGUGGUGCAAACGCCAGUCUCCAGGAGGUCCUCAACACCUUCAGCGCCAUCAAGGCCAAAGGCAAGCAGACCUCUUUCGCUGACUUCGACCCUUCCACCUUGCUCCCUGCUUGCCUGGACUACUGGACCUAUGACGGCUCCCUGACCACGCCCCCUCUGCUGGAGAGCGUCACCUGGAUUGUCUGCAAGGAGCCAAUCAGCGUCAGCCGCGAGCAGAUGAAGAAAUUCCGCGAGCUGCUCUUCUCCGCUGAGGGCGAGGCCGAGUGCUGCAUGGUGGACAACUACCGACCCCCCCAGCCGCUCAAGGGUCGCUCCGUCCGCGCUUCCUUCAAGAAAUGAAGUUCUGCCCGGUGGCCCGUUACACCCUCUCCCCCCACCCCCGCUUUCUUCUGUCAGCUUCCUUUGCCACAAACCAACUUUUUAAAAAUAAAUAAAAUUCCUGUGGCCUGUUGCUUUAAACGCCGGCCAUUCCAACGGCGAGAUUGAGCAGUAAAUUAUGAGCCGGCAAAGACUCCCCGUCGUGAUUUCAAGAUGGCCCGUUUUCUAGGAUUCAGCGUUUUGGUGCCAAUGUUUUCAGAGAUAUACCGCAAAAACAACAACAACAAGGAAGCGUUAAAGUCAAAAUGGUGCCAGCAGGAAGCAGAACGCACAACGUAGGCAGGGAGGGGAGGAUGAGACUACUUCACCAUCUGCGGGGAGGGUGAGGUGCAGAUAAAAACAGACACACGCAGUCUGUCUGUAAUCUCGGUCUCACUGGCAGCCCUUCGCAUCGCAGCAGCUUAACCAAACGCUGCAGCCGCCUCCAUCACGAGCGAUUGACGCAGAACCCCCCCCCCCCCUCCCCCCUCUGGCGCACACACACACGCAACACGGCACGCUCAGCCUCGUGCAGACGUGACGCCUAUAGGCGCUGACCUGCUUAUCGAUUCCACAGCGGCCAAGGACACGAGGACAGGCUGCUGCUGUUUGAUACCCGACAUCAUGACAAGGGCUCAUUGCUCGUAUUUUGUAUCUUAAAAUGGUUCAUGGGUUUGUCCUCCUGUGUUUUUUUUCUCUCUUUGUUUAACCUGAAAGCUUAUGCAAGUCUUAAGUGAUUCCUACAUUAGGUUUGGUAACCAGAAGCUCGGCUGCAUUUCGAUGCCCUGGUGAAAUAGCAAUAGAAAGGAAUGCGCUUUUUUUUUUCUCUAUAGGAAAUGUGUUUAAAAGAAACCCCUCCGUGUGUUGUUCUGAAAUCACAGCGUGCUGAAGCUAAAAACGCACAAUCGCCUCGUGGGCGAAGCCAUAGUGGCUAAUACACAAAGCCAAGGAAUAAAUUACCCGGCCAGGGAAGAAAAGGAGCUGCCAAUGGAUGAGAUUAUAGUGGCCGCCUGCUGUCAGGCCCGACAAAAGACCAUCAGAGGUCCCGAAGGCCUCUGGUGUUGGACCCCCGUGCAUUUCUGACGCUAUAUGGAAAGAUUGUUAUUAACAUUAAAAGGACAACAAAAAACAAGCGCCUAAUGCCAAUAUUUGUUAUUGUGUCCUAUGAUUGUUGUUGGGUGUCAUUCUAUUUCUGUAGUGGGUGUUUUACUAGUGAAAUAAAUAUAUUUUACAACUAAAAAGUU